CAAUCAAUACCGAAUCUAGCAACGCCUGCGUGUUAGUGCCGCAUCAUGACAACGUUUUCCGUGACGCGUAUGCAUCGCCACGUCAGCCUCUCGCCGCUGCAGCAAACGCCUACUAGGGACGUCCCCCUGACACGGGCAACCUCUGCCAGCGCAAGCAAGAUUUUCGCGCAUUUCUCCACGCCCUCCCGCCCUCGAAGCAACGUAAACGAGCAACUUUUCCAGACUCGUGCUCUCCGCGUAUCGCGGGUUUCAGCGGGUUUAACGGACGCGAGCGGAUGGCGGGGAGGUAGCCCUACUAGUGCGAGGAGACAGCUCGGCAGGGUGCGGGCGUCUCGAGGGGGAAGAGAAAGCAGCAGAGACGGAUGGCAGACUCGGAACGAACCGUAUCAAGAGAUCCGGUUUGGAUCUCGGCAGGCUCGGCCCGGCAGCAGGUUCGGCAGCAGAGACAGCGAUGUCUGGCACGAGGAUGCGCGGGGUCCGCAGCGGGAGCGUGAUCAUAUUGAGGGGGGGGGCGAACAGGGUAGGGGGGAGCAGAGAGGGGGAGAGGGGCAAUGGCAGGACCGGAACCGGGAUGGGCGAGGAAGGGAGGAGAGGGACGGACGCGUGCGGGACAUGCAACAGAGGGCUUCGUUCACUCGAGAUGGUGGCUCGCGAUAUAGUCACAGGGGACGCAGUAGUGACGAGGUGCCACGUGGCGAUCGUGACUAUAACGGGGGUUCUCCCAGCGGGUUUAGGAACCGCCGCGGGCUUGGAGGCAGGAGAGACGACGCGUGGCGAGGAGAAGGUACAGGGUUUAGGGAAGGGUUUAAGCAGGGGUUUAGGGGGGCCGAGCAGUGGGAGAGUGAGGGAGACAGGGAGUAUUAUUUCCAAGGGUUUAGGCAAGAGGAGCAGCAGGGAGAGGACGGGGGGGAGCCUGAGUUGAGGGGGAGGAAGGAGUUGUUUUCAGGGAGGCCGUUGGCAGAAGCUAAGAGCAGGGACAGAGGGGGAGUCAGAGGGGGGUUGAGGGACGGAGGCGAGGAGGGCGCGUGGCAGGAGCCCCCUGUGCACGUGCUGGAGGUGGCGAGCGUGGGAAACGCGUUUGUGAAGCGCGCCGUGCGGCUGAGGCAGAGCGCGGCAUCGAGGCGAGCCAGUGGGCGCGUGCUGGUGGCGGGGGAGGUGCCGAUAAGGGAGAUCUGCGAGCACUGGCUGCAGGGGCAGCAGCAGCAGGGGGAGGUGCAGCCGCAGCAGCAGAACCAGACAGUUGAUCAGCUGUCAUCAGUAGCAGCAGCAGCAGUAGGAGCAGGAGCGGCUGCAGCAGAAGCACUGGCAGCAGUUGAAUCAACCCCACCAGUCAACGCAGUCAACGCCCCUGCUGACUGCCCCCUGGACAUCCUCCUCCUGCAGUCCGACUCCCCCUCGCCCCCUCCCCCUCUGCUCGCCCGCCUCGCUCGUCGCGUGCUCAACGUGUCCCCCGCCGUCAUGAGCCGCCUGGCUGGCGUGCAGAGCGUGGAUGCUGCUGCUGUAGCGGCUGUCAUGCGCCUGCCCGCCUCGUUCCGCGUGCUCGAUGGUGGUGAUGGUGAUGAGGGUGGGAGAGGAGGAGCAAGUGGUUGGGGAGGUGAUUUGUCCCGAGUGCUAGUGCUGGACGGAGUUCAGGACCCCGGCAAUCUGGGCACAUUGCUGCGCACAGCACUGGCUUUUGACUGGCGCGGAGUUUUUCUCCUGCCCGGCUGCUGCGACCCAUUCAAUGACAAGGCUUUGAGGGCGUCCAGGGGAGUGCUCUUCCGCCUGCCAGUAGCCGUGGGGGACUGGUCUCACCUCCUCUCCCUCGCCUCCCACCACAACCUCUCCCUCCUCGCUGCCCACCCGGCUGCUGCUGCUCCGCUUCCUCCUCCUGCUGCACCUGCUGCUGCUGCUGCUGUCGACCCAACUGAUCCUGCUGCCACAUUGGCUGCAGCACCUGAUGCCACAACUUCUCCUGGUGCCAGUGCUCCUCCCUCUACCCCCACCUCCCCCUCCCCCCCACCUCGCGGGCUCUGUCUCGUGCUGGGCAGUGAGGGGCAGGGCCUGUCCGCAACAGCCCUGCGCCUGUGCCAACCAGUGGCCAUCCCCAUGCCUGGCGGGGCGGAGUCCCUCAAUGUGGCUGUGGCUGGCGGCAUCCUGCUCUUCCUGCUCGGGCCUCAUUCGCCGCUGCCUCCCCAUACUGCCACCGUUACCAGCUGACACUAGAGUCCACUCAGAAGUCAAGCAGUGGCCAUCCCCAUGCCCGGUGGGGCGGAGUCCCUCAAUGUCGCUGUGGCUGGGGGCAUCUUGCUCUACAUGCUCAGGCCCCAUUCGCCGCUGCCUCCCCAUACCGCCACGUCUAGCUUCCCUUAUCUCCUCUGUCUAGACUUCACGUUCGUAUGCUAGCAGCUCGGGGCUUCCUUGUUUGCACUCUUUGUUCUCUCAUGUUGGUAAGGGCAUGGGUCGCAGUAGCAAUGGAUACUUUUUACACAUAGUAAUAUGAAGGUAUAGUUAGAGUACCUGUAUUUCUCUUCCAGCAGACAAGAUCCCAUGA